AUGCCCGAAAACAAAGGAAAGAACUUGUUGAGAAAGGCGUAUCGCGCUUUUGCACCCGAGGCCGAGAAGGGUGAUGAUGGACGUGAUAACUGGCCUUCGAGAACUGCGUUCGUCCUCGCCUGCAUGGGGGGUACUGUUGGUCUAGGAAACCUUUUGCGAUUUCCGUCGAUUGCCUUUCAAAACAAUGGAUUACAAUGGUUCAUACCAUAUUUCAUGGCAGUCCUCUUUCUGGCUAUUCCUGUAGUCAUCCUUGAGGUGUCCAUCGGCCAGGCCUACCGCGGUGGAUGCCUCGUCGCGUAUGACCACAUAUCACGUCGGUCCAAAGGUCUCGGGUUUGCUCUCGUCAUGAACGGUUACAUAGUCGCCAACUACUUUGUGCCCAUCCUCGCUUGGGUCAUGGUUUAUUUCCGGCAUUCCUUCUCGAACCCGCUCCCCUGGGCUGAAGACAGCCAGGACUUUUUCGACAAUCAAGUUGUCCAAGCUGUGCCUGGUAUCCCAGGGGAGGUUGUUGACGGCUCCGUGACUAGGUACGCCUCUUACCCGGAGUCGGGGAUGGUGGGCGAAAUCGUUGGAUGGAGCGCCUUCACCUGGUUUAUAGUCUGGCUCUGCAUGUUCAGCGGUGUCGGGCUGACAGGCCGCGUGGUGUACUUUACAAUGGGAAUGCCGAUUGUGAUGAUUAUCAUUCUCCUUGGGCGCGGUGCAUCCAUGGAAAAUGCGGUCGACGGCAUCAAGCUCUAUGUGGCCGAGUGGCAUGGUGAUAAGCUUAGUCGGCCCGCCAUUUGGCAGGCUGCUGCGAGUCACAUAUUUUUCUCCAUCGGCGCAGGCAUGGGUUAUUACACCUCAUAUGCUUCGUAUAACCAAAAGUAUGCCAAUGCAGUGCAGGACGCACUCAUCAUUGCUUGUAGCAACUCGGCCAUCGAGGUUUCAGCAGGCUUUGCUGUCUUUAGCAUUGUUGGUUAUCUUGGCAUGCACCCAGACAGUGGUGAAGUACUGGGGACGUACAACCUAGCCUUCAUCACCUUGCCAGCCGCCUUUGUGCAGAUGCCUGGAAGCAACUUUUGGGCCGUCAUUUUCUUCAUCACCAUCAUGGUGCUCGGAUUCAGCUCUUGCUUUGCCAUGCUUGAAUCCCUGGUGACCAUGGUCAUGGAUACGGGGAUCUCUAAGCGGGUUUCACGCGUUGCCGUCUCGACCAUCGUCAUCAUAAUCUCGUUUCUUUUUUCGCUCAUGUACGCCACUCACUUUGGCAGGGAUCUGCUCAACGCUGUCGACGCCUGGAUCAGCGAUAUGUCUUUGGUGGGCAUCGUUGCCCUCGAAUGUGUAGUCGCCACCACUAUUUACCGUUUCCGCGAUGUUACCGGACAGGUAGGCCUUCCAGCCUUCACCAUUUUCAACGGCGGCUAUGCACUGGCGUUUAUCGUUGGUCUGAUUAUUGCACACCAUGUGUCUCCCGAGGCUGGCGCGGGUGCUGGAUUCGGGAUUUUUAUUGCCGCCCUGCUGUUGUCUGUCUUCAUGGCGAGGACGCCCUCGGUACCGGCGCCCAGAUUCUGGGGCGACAAGUCUCUGCUCAGCAAGUUCUGGUGGCUGGCCUUUUAUUCUGGCAACCAGCUGCGCCGUGAUCUGGGCAUCACAGUUGCGCGUGGAAACAACUGGGCCAUCCCGUUCUUCUGGGCGCCGGUACUCAAGUACAUCUCGGCGCCUAUCCUGCUCAUCGUCUUCUCACUCGGCUACCCCAAAUUUACUCAGAGGAUGCAUGAUCCCUUUGAGAUUCUUGGUUUUGCCAUAUCCCACUGCAUCAUCGCAGUCGUCCUCCUCGGCUUCCUCCUCCCGCGGUGGUUUGAUGUCUUCAUCCCAGAGCAGCGCCUCAACGAGGGCAUCCUGCCGUAUGCGCCCGGCGUCACGCUGGGCACGUCACCCGAGGAUGCCGCACACGGCGCGACGGAGGCCGGACUGGACAGGAACAUCAAGGGUGUCAACGAUAUGCAGGAGAGCAAACAAGCCGACAGCGGUGAGGUUGGUGGUACUGGAACUCCGAGCGAUGACCUGUCGGACAAGAGGGUUGAUGUCGACGAUCUUGUCCGGAGUGACCCCAAGACUGAGCGUGUGAGGAACGAUGCCAACUGA